AGCUAUUUUACACUGAUAACAUUGGACCAUGUGGAAAAAGUUACAAACAACUUCAAGAUAAUUAUAAACUGAUUAAAAUGUAAUUAACAUGGAGGCUAGGGUACCAAGACAUGUUUUGCGAGGAAUUAGUUUUAAUUCCUAUAACUCCAGUGAAAUUUUGGAGCUCAGUGUAAAAGAAAUAACCAACCCCCAGACUUUUGAUGGUCUGUUACACCCAACACUAGGUGGCUUGUAUGAUCCUAAACUAGGUCCAACUGAAAAAGAUGACAAAUGCCAGACCUGUGGCAUGGGACAGGGAGGAUGCCCUGGACACUUGGGUCACAUCACCUUACCAUUACCCACAUACAAUCCGUUCUUCUUCAGUGUUUUAUAUCAGCUCUUGAAAGGAACCUGUUUUGAUUGUCACCGAUUAGCUGUUCAUUCCCUAAAGUCAGCAGUGCUUGUGCAGAAGUUUAGACUCUUAGAACAUGGACUUAUUUCAUCUGUGGCAGAUGUGGAUGAAUUUGCUACACAUUUCACAUCCGAAUAUGGCAAUGAUGCAGAAGAAAAAAUACUAGAACAGCUCAAUGAAAUAGUUCUAUCCAAAAUCAACAAUACCAUAGAGCAAGAUUUUCACAUCAAGAAUGUUGAAGCAUGCAAAAACAACACAAGGAGGGCAUUUAUUCACGAACAUUUUACAGUGAAAGGAAAGUGUGUUCAUUGUAGGACUAAACGAAUGCCUUUGAGGAAAGUUCAGAAUGCCAAGAUAAUGUUAUCCACAGUCACUUCCUCAAGAACAAAAAAGUCCACUAAACCUAAACAAGUGAAAGAAAAAAAAGACAAUGAUGCAGAUGAUGAUGAAGAAGAUGAUGAUGGUGAGGGAGAAGAGGAGGAUGACUUGGAGUCAGGUACACAGAUUUACCUGACUUCUGCAGAUGUACGGGAUCACCUGAGACAGGUGUGGCAGAAAGAUCAGCAGGUCCUCAAAUGUCUGUUCCAUUUCCUGUCCGGGAGCAGCGCAGAUUAUCCCACAGAUUCUUUCUUUAUUGACGUUGUGCCUGUACCACCCUCUAGAUUUAGACCAGUAUCAUCCCUCAGAGAUAAGAAAUUUGAAAACCCUCAGACACAGACUCUUUGCAAUGUGUUGAAAGGGGCAGCUUUAAUUCGUAAAAUUCUGAGUCUAAAAUCAACACAGGAAAAUGGAAAGGAGAUAACUGAAAUUGAACCGACCGCUAUAACAGAAAUACCUGGGAAAACUCUGAACGAGAAGCUUCAGAAUGCUUUGGUCAAACUACAGGUUGUGAUGAACUGUAUUGUAGACGGAGACUCAGACAAGCUUGCUGUUGACAAAAUUACAGGUGUUAAACAGAUUUUGGAGAAGAAAGAAGGGUUGUUUAGGAAGAAUAUGAUGGGAAAGCGAGUGAAUUUUGCAGCACGUUCUGUGAUUUCACCUGAUCCUUGUAUUAGUACAUGUGAGAUAGGGAUUCCUGAAGUGUUCGCCAAGAAACUGACCUUUCCACAGCCGGUGACUCCAUGGAAUGUCCAUGAGUUAAGACAGGCAGUUAUUAAUGGUCCAGACACCUACCCAGGGGCCUCAUUAAUAGACAUGCCUGAUGGUAGCAAAGUGAUUUUGAAUAAAAAAGAAAAAGUUCAAAGAGAGGCUAUUGCUAAGCAACUGUUGACUCCUUCACCAGAUCCUCAUCAACAAAAUACCUGUAAAGUGGUUCAUCGUCAUCUAAAGAAUGGAGAUGUUUUACUGAUAAAUCGACAACCAACACUGCAUAGACCUAGUAUUCAGGCCCACAAAGCGAGAGUUCUGCCAGGGGAGAAAACUCUGCGUUUACACUAUGCCAAUUGUAAGGCAUACAAUGCAGACUUUGAUGGAGACGAAAUGAAUGCUCACUUCCCUCAAACACAGCUUGGAAGGGCAGAGGCAUAUACUAUUGCUUGUACAGAUUACCAAUAUCUUGUGCCCAAGGAUGGUACACCUUUGGCAGGUUUGAUUCAGGAUCACAUGGUCUCAGGUGUGUCAUUAACCAUACGAGGCAGAUUCUUCACCAGAAAUGACUAUUGUCAACUGGUAUACAUGGCAUUGGUGGACAAGCGAGGACCAAUCAAUUUGCUGCCUCCAGCCCUGAUUAAACCCAAAACUCUCUGGUCAGGGAAACAGGUUUUAUCAACCUUGCUUCACAACAUUAUUCCAAAAGGCAGACAAAUGCUCAAUCUCACAGGAAAAUCAAAAAUCCCAGAAAAGAGUUGGAUCCAUCAGCAGGUGAGACUUGCCAGUCUGGACAACAUGGGGGAGAGUCAUGUGGUGAUCCGGGGGUCAGAGCUGCUCUGUGGGGUCCUGGACAAGGGUCACUAUGGCAACACACCAUACGGACUGGUCCACUGCUGUUAUGAGCUCUAUGGUGGAGAAGUGGCAGGAACUCUCUUGUCCUGUUUGGGCAGACUCUUCAUGAACUUCCUUCAGCAACACAGAAGUUUCUCCCUGGGAGUGGAGGACAUCUUGGUCACCCCAAAAGCUGACCAGAGGAGGAAGAAGGCCAUGCACAAGUCAGGGAAGUGUGGGGAUGAGGUGGUGACCCAGGCGCUGGGUCUGGAGGAGGGGACAGAGGGGCAGGAACUCCGGGAGGCCAUGAUGGAUGCCCAGUUUGACCGGAACGACCGCCGACUGAGAGAACUGGAUCUGUGUAUGAAGGGAAAGACUGAUGAUACGCAGAAUGCCAUAGUCGGCGCCUGUAUGCCAAAGGGUUUAGAGAAGCUUUUCCCUGCCAACAACCUCCAAUUGAUGGUGCAGUCUGGUGCUAAGGGGUCGUCUGUGAAUUGUAUGCAGAUUUCUGGCUUGCUUGGCCAGAUUGAGUUGGAGGGCCGACGCCCCCCUCUCAUGCUGAGUGGGAAGACUUUACCCUCCUUCCUAGCUUACGAUUCCUCCCCACGGGCAGGGGGCUUUGUAGCUGGCAGGUUUUUGACUGGAAUUCGACCCCAGGAAUAUUUCUUCCAUUGUAUGGCAGGGAGAGAGGGUCUGAUCGACACAGCUGUAAAGACCAGUAGAAGUGGUUAUCUCCAGCGCUGUCUGAUCAAACAUCUGGAGGGAAUCAUCGUCAACUAUGACAUGACUGUCCGGGACAGUGAUGGCAGUAUUGUACAGUUUUACUAUGGUGAGGAUGGAUUAGAUAUUUCCAAGACUGGCUUCCUAUCACCAAAGCAGUUUCCCUUCCUGACUGACAACAGUGAGACAGGCAGUAAGGGUAAUGCCUUUGACAAGAAAGUCGCCAAGAGGAUGAAGAAGAUAAAAAAGUGGAAUAAAUCUAACAAAUGGAGAAGCAAGAGGUGCUCGGCAUUCCUGGAAUUUUCCAAAGAGUUUGCGGAGGAACAUGACCUAGAUAACAGGACGUUGGAGAAGACUGGGAGGAGUAAGGGGACCACAGAGACCAUCAGAAGCUGGCAGGAGCUAGAGGAGGCCCAGAAAGAAAGAUACAUUAAGCAUGACGUCAAUGCCCCUGACCCAGUCACUGGGGUGUUCCGACCUUUCCAGUAUAAAGGAGUACUCCCAGAAAGCUUCCUACAGAAAAUCCAGGACUUCAGUAAAAACGAGCUUAACAAGCUUCCCACAUCAAUAUCAGAGAAAGGCUUCCUGAAGCUGCUGUGUGAUAAAGCAGAGAGCUCUUAUUGUCAGCCUGGGGAAGCAGUUGGACUUCUUUGUGCUCAGUCCAUUGGAGAACCAUCUACACAGAUGACCUUGAACACCUUUCAUUUUGCGGGUCGAGGAGAAAUGAACGUUACCCUGGGUAUUCCUCGUCUUGUGGAAAUCUUGAUGGUGGCAUCGGAUAAAAUAAAGACCCCUUCAAUGGAAGUUCCCAUCUUGGCUCAUUGUCAAGAUAAGGCCAAGAAACUACAGAUGAAGUUUAACAAAGUGAUCUUGUCAGAGGUGUUAGAAAAAGUGACGGUGAAUGAGUUCCUUUCUGUCAGUAAUGUCAGUAAAAGUCAACGAUCUCGAAACUUCAAACUUCGAUUUCACUUCCUGAAACCUAAGUUUUAUACAGACAGACUCGAUGUCACUCCAUCAUCUAUCCUGCAUUUCAUGGAGAAGACUUACAUUAAAAAUUUGCUGACCAAAAUCAAAAAGAAAAUUACUGACUUCCAGUUAGCAAAAAUGGUUAAUAGUGGUCAUAUAAGGCCUGUCCUGGUCACCCACACGAGACCAGCGGCGGAUGAAGAUGAUGCAGAUGAGGAUUUAUCAGACAUGGAGGAGAAUGACAACACAGCCUCAGAUGUCAAGGCCAGACAGAAGAAACAGGAGGAGCAGGAGUACGAGGAGAAGGAGGAGGAGAAAGAGGUCCUCGAAGAGGAAGAAAAUGUAGAGAUGGAUGAUAACGAUGCCGAAGAGGAUGAGGAAGACAAGGAUUCAGAGGAAGAUGACACACUGACAUCAUCAGUAGACAGGGAGACUUCCGAGCACCGUAUACAGUUUGUUGUGCUGUCCAGUUCCAACAUUGCUGAUUAUAAAUAUGACAUAAAGAGAGAGCUUUGGUGUGAAUUCACUUUACAGUUUGGUUUGCUGAACAGUAAGAUAGACCUUACCUCUCUAAUUGAGGAACACGCGAAAGAAACAGUAGUCCACUGUGUUCCUGGAAUAACCAGGUGCCUUCUCAAAGAGGUGAAAAGUCAACAAGGCCCAGAACUCCACAUCUGUACAGAGGGAAUCAAUAUUUUGGAAAUCUUUUUGUAUGCUGAUAUUCUGGAUUUAAAUCGCUUGUAUUCCAAUGACAUUCAUGCCAUUGCAAAUAUGUAUGGAAUUGAAGCAGCAAAUAAAGUUAUUAUAAAGGAAAUCAAGAAUGUGUUUGCAGCUUAUGGUAUAGAAGUUGACUACAGACAUCUUUCUCUGCUGGCGGAUUAUAUGACAUUUGAGGGGACAUACAAAGCUUUCAACAGAAGAGCUAUAGAGACAUGUGCUUCGUGCUUACAGCAAAUGAGUUUUGAGACGACCAUGAGUUUCCUUGUGAAAGCCAGUUUACAGGGGGCCUAUGACAAUCUAAAGUCCCCCUCCUCCCAGAUUGUGGCUGGCAGACCUAUCUCUUGUGGCUCUGGGGCUUUUGAACUCCUUUAUAAACUCUUUUAGGUGCUGCAUGUUUAUAAAUAAAGUAUCAGUUGUUACA